AUGAAGCUAGAAGAUGAUGUGAUCACCGGCAGCACCAUUUCUGUGAAUAUUUUCACGGUGACAUCAAAGAGCGCAGUGGUGCGCUGGAGCAGAUAUGAAGGUGCACAGUCCUACAGAGUAACAGCAUCCCUGCGUAACUCUCCAGUCCCCGUGGUCUUCGCCAGCUUUGGACAGAACACCGUUAUGGGCUCUGUUAAUUCACUGAGCCCCAACACUGCAUACACCUUUCGGGUAGAGGCCCUGGGCAGCUUCAUGAAUGUGCUGGCAGAUGAUAUUGUGGAUGGAUCUACUGCUCCUGAUGUGCCGACCAUUCAGGUGGCCUCCUCCAAAGAAAGCCAGAGUGUUACUGUGGAAUUCACAGAGGAAUCAGGCGCAACUUCAUACAUCCUGCGCGCUGAGACCAGUGAUGGCUCUUUUUUCUCCGAGACCCCAGUUGUCAUCUCUCCCGGGACUGUCACCAACCUGCAGCCAUACACAGACUACACUCUUAGUGUCAUGUCUGUCAACAGUGCUGGCAGAAGCCAGCCAUCCAUCUCCGCGCAGGCAAAGACAGUCCUUCCUGCCCCACAGUUCAAUACCAGCUCUCCCAGUAACAGCAGUAUUCUGGUUAAGUGGGAGCCUGUGAAUCACGCUGUCCUCUACAGCCUGAACAUCAUCAAGGAUAGCUCAUACAACCGGAGCCGCUACAACACCACAGACACUCUGAAGAAUUUUGAAAACCUGGAGCCUGGAACCAUUUACUGUAUAAAAGGAAAUGCCUGGAGUCCUGAGCAGAUUCCCGGAGAUGACUACACUGUCUGCCAGAUCACACGUCCUUCCACUCCUCAAACCACUGAGGUGUUGGUGUCAUUCAUCCCUGUGGCUGGAAUUGUGGUGUCAUGGGAUCUAGUCCAAGGUGCAGACCAGUAUGUAGCCUUGAGCUCGACUGGCCAGAACUGCUCCUCAUCCAGUAACUCGUGCACUCUGAGCCCUCUGGUCUGUGGAGAAGUACAUUCUAUCACAGUGACCGCUGUUAACCAGGCUGGACCCAGCAUCCCUUCGCUGCCUAUACAGUUUAUCUCUUUCCCCUGUCCUCCACAGCCCAUCUGGGUGGAGGAAGUGGUGGCCGGCAACUGCUCUGUCAGAUGGAGCUCCGUCCCUCAUGCGGAGUACUACACCACCUUCAUCAAGAGUGAUGAUGGCAUCGAGGAGACGUGCAACUCCACCCAGACAUCCUGUCACUUUUACUGCCGCUGCGGAUACUCCUACAUCAUGAGUGUGUUUGCACACAAUCAGGCUGGACCGAGUCCCCCAGGACCUGUGCUCAACUACACCACCUUGCCUUGCUGUCCAGAGCACACAACAGUUUCUCUAGUUUCCUGGGAGACUCUGAUGAUAAAGUGGGAUCCUGUACGUGGGGCAGAUCUGUAUGAGACUCGUGCUGCCGUUGCAUCGCAAGUGAUCCUUUGUAAUGACACGGCGCCCGUGUGUGCCCUCUCUGACCUCACCUGCAACAGCAGGUACAGUGUAGUCGUCAUUCCUUGUAAUGACCUGCGCGGGUGCAACCUCACCUGCAACCCACAGUCACAUGAAACAGCUCCAUGUAUGCCUGAGAUCAUUAGUGUGAGUCAGAGUAACACCUCUAGUGUGCUGGUCACCUGGAAUUCUGAAAACAGUGCUGCAAACUACACUGUCAGUGUAAUUGGCACAGUGGGCGACACACACAACUGCCACUCAAAUGGCACUUCCUGUCAGGUGUCCAACCUGUCCUGUGGCUCCAUCUAUGAAAUCACUGCCAUUGCCUUAUCCUCCGCUGGAGAAAGCAUGCCCAGCUACACUGUUCCCCUGGAAACAGCACCUUGUUGCCCAGCCAGUCUCACAGUGAGUCAGGUGACCCAGGCCAUGACCAACGUCACCUGGUCAUCUGCUGUCGGUGGCCAGACCUAUAUUGUCUCCCUGUCUUCACCAAGGGGCAAUGCACAGUGUCACACUGUGGAAACAGAAUGCUUGAUGGGAUGCGUCACAUGCGGCAAUAACUACACAGUUUCCCUGGAAGCGUUCAGUCGUACCGGGCAUAAGGCGGAUUGCACUUACCAUGGCUUCUCUACCAGUGAGUGUUGUCCCUCUGGUAUUCGACUGUUCAGAGGAGCCAAUAACACACUACGUGUGUAUUGGCGGUCUAACAGCAUCCUUACCAACUACACAGCAGAAGUUGUUGGAAGUGGCAGCACUCACGUGUGCAGCCCAGAGCUUGGCAGCAACAUGUGUGAUGUGUCUGAGAUUGUGUGUGGUCAAGUAUACUCAGUGGUUGUCGCCCCACUGAAUCGAGAUGGAACCAGGGUCCAGUUCUGUUCAAGCAGGAUUUAUUCAGUUUCAUGUUCAGGCAACAAUGUUGGAAUGGUUCUUUAUCGAGGCAGAAGAUAAUGAUGAUAAACAUAUGUGUGUUCUCCACACCAACAUGAGCUUCUGUUAAUAUUGGACAACUGGACUCUUCAAAAAGACCCCACCUCCCCCCACCCCCCAGACCAGGAACAAAAAUGUACUGAAUAUUUUGAAACAAGCUUAUUGAGGUCUCUGCUUAUGAAGUCAGGCAAUAUGAAUGAGUGCAAAUGUUGUAACACCUGAGAAAUGUAAUUAGUUGGGAUUCAACAUGUGUCUAGUCACUGAUUUUUAUAAAUUUAAAUUGAGUACUUUAAAUAAUUGUAAGAUAUGCCAUUAAUUUGAACUUCUUUGAAGGGUUUCAUUUGAAAAACCACUAUUAAUGUGAGACAUUCACAUUUGGAUUUCACUUUUAGAGUUUGGUGAGUUUUUCCAGCUUUUGCGUGGAAUUAAUCUAUGGCCAAUUUAAUUGAAAAUCAAACACCAAAUAAUGAAUAUUAACAUUAACUUAAUAUUCAGGGAUCCCUAAUGUUAUCUCAGGAAUUUAGACUUUACAGACAAUUCAUGCACUUGGGUGUCAUAUUAUUUUUGUACCUCUACAAUUGCACCUUAAACAAUUUCCAAAUUAAUUUCUCUUACAGUCCAUAGUAAACAAAAUUCUUAUGAGGCAGAUAUGUUCCAUCUGAGAGAAUAUUUUUGCUUUGAAACAUACAAACAUGACAUUCCACCACAUUCAAAACUGUAUUUUGAGUUUUGUUAGUGGUAAAAGGGAUAGUUCACCCUCUAUGAAAAAUUUAAAUUCUCUCAUUAUUUACUCAACCUCAUUCUAUCCAAGAUGUGUAUGACUUUCUUUAUUCUGCAAAACCCAUGAGGUUGAGUAAAUGAUGAGAGAUUUUUAUAUUUGUUGAACUAUCCCUUUAAAUCCUGCCACCAUUUCCAAGAUCAGAUUACAAAAAGUGAAACUCCUGAUAAUUUUGCAGUCAAAAAAAGAAGAAAAAAAGGGUACAUGUAAUUGAAUGUUAACUCAACUCAAAUUUGGUUUAUAGUUAGAGUCUCUAUGUGUGGUGCCUUUGAGGGAAAUGUAGCAUCAGUAAAGUUUGAUAAAUUAUUAAUUGGACUUCCCUUGGAUGUUUGUAAAAUACAUUAUUUGUUGGGAUGUGAAAUAAAAUCCAUUGACAUUAAAAUUA